UUCAAAUCGUAUCCAAGGAGCCGAGCCCGCCAAGUCAGCCGGUCUCUCUUUCCAGCACCGCAUCAAAUCACUGUCCAUAUCCCCCCGCUCCUCCCCCAGCCUCACCACCGGUUCACAACUCUCCGGGGACCUUGUACAAUUUGACCCUAGCGACAGAAUCGCCCACCUUCAUCCAUGACUGUAUAAAUUUUCGCCUCCUACCCCCUUCGACUGCGUAUCGUAGCCCAUGCUGUUACACACAUCGAGAAAUUUCUUCUCCAUCUAACAUGGAUCGGUCGGUCGCCAUGGGCGCACCGAUGCUCACCCAGCCAAGCAGCUGGACCUGCCACAAGGUAUGGAAUGGCCACGAUUUUACCCACUGCUUUCAGUCAAGAUACCUACAAACCUACCCCAUUUUCCUGGUUUUCGUAUCGAUCGUCUGGUUUGCUACCAAGUACGUCUCCAAAUGCUACUUCAAGCCCCCGCCUUCACUCUCUGUAUCUGCCCUCCGAUCCACUACGAUGUCUCCUGAGUUCUCUACUCUCGAGUCUACAGUCAUCCUUGACUCACUAGCGUCCAACCUCCUUCCUCCCUACCCAGCGUCGGACCCUUCCUCAACGGAGGAGCCGCUCGAUGAGAAGAACGCAGAGGAUUUGGUCCGAGACUGGCGCUCCAGGAGAACACGGAGUGAAGACUUUUGGCAGAAUGUCAGGUUCUGGGUCGGGAUUGUCGGAGGAAUCCUGUGGUUUGAGGUCGAGAUCGCCAAAGCUGCUCGGCAAGGGACUUGGCUGGAACUGAUAUUCCCUGGAUGGAUUACUCUCAUGUCUGCUCUGCAUCGACCCAUCAUCCCCAUUCUCACCAUGCACCUUCCCGUCACACUGCUCCUUUUCCGCUCAACCGUCAUUCGACAAUCGGCUUCUGCUCUCUCGGCAACUUGUAUCGCGGCUGAGCUGUUUUAUUGGUUUGCUCUCAUCAGCAUACCUUAUGAGCACAAACUUGAUCGGCUUCUUGAAGGUGGAACUUCCAAAGGGGGCGGCACUUUGGGUAGUUUUGGUCAUAGCUUGCCCAGCCAUCCUGAAGAGCCUACUUCACCAUUCUCCCGUGCAACGUAUACUUUCCUCCUCCCAUUACUUUUCAAGCACUACAAGAACCCUAUAACUGUGGCCGAUAUACCUGGAAUCAGAGAAGACGACAGCUCUGCCGCUGCUUUGGGCGCUUUCAGAGCAUAUCAAGGCCGUUUGGACAGACAAUACUCGGACAAACAUGGUCAGAAAAGGAAAAGAGAUUUGGGCAUAGAUUUGCUGUGGUUCUUUGCUCCAGAGUUGUUUGUCCAGGCUGGCUGGGGCAUUAUCUGCAUUGUUUUUGAAUACCUCCCUCCGACCGGCCUCCGUCUUCUUCUCGAAUAUGUCAACUCGCGCGCCAAAGAACCACAAUCCCCUAGCGUGGCCGCACUGUAUGUGGCCAUGAUGGCCAUCGGUCAGUGCUUUUCGGCGAUGGCCAUGGGGCAAUGUCUGUUGCUAGGCCGACGACUUUGCAUUCGACUUCGAGCUAUAAUCGUCGCCGAGGUAUUUGCGAAAGCGUUACGCAGAAAAGACGUAUCGGGGAAGACUACCAAGAAAGACCUCAGCGACGGCAAGGAGAAGGAUGAAGGCACCGCCAGUGAAGGCAAAAUCAACAAUCUGGUCUCCGUUGAUGCCUUCACCAUCUCCGAGAUUUGCGCCUACAUCUUCUAUCUCUUCUCCUGCCCGCUUUCUGUCAUUGUCAACUGCGUCCUGUUGUAUAUGGCUCUUGGGGUGGCGUCAUUUGCCGGCAUCGCUGUUCUCGUCCUGCUCAUGCCCCUUCAAGGGCUCAUCGGCAAACUCUAUACGAGAUAUCAGAAUGUCUUCAUGGCAGCUACCGACAAGCGACUGGAGAGCGUCACAGAGGUCAUUGCCUACAUCAAGCUCAUCAAAUUCAAUGCCUGGGAGGGCAAAUUCUAUGAGCGAUUGGACAAGACGAGGAAAGCGGAGCUUCAAGCCCUAGGCUACCGUUUCAUGGUCACUAUCCUCUUCCAGUUACUUGUCUGGGGUACUCCGGUGCUUGUCACUGGUGUGGCUUUUGCUGUGCAUAGCCUCGUGCUGAAACAGCAUCUCUCAGCCGACCGGGCAUUCGCUUCCCUUGUCUUGUUCAACAUGAUGAAAGACCCACUCGCCCUUUUCCAAAACACAUUCACCCGACUCCUUCAAGCGUACACCUCGUGUCGGCGGAUCCAAGAGUAUCUGGAAGAGCCAGACACUCUUAAAUAUCAACAGAUCUCCAAGCCCGGGCCGGGUGAUCCUCAGAUAGGGUUCAAAGGAGCAAUCCUCACCUACGCUGCUACAGAGGACAUUCAAGACUCUGAGUCGGAUAUUGAUCUUUUCGCUGUUGGGGAGCUCAAUAUUGAGUUCCCAGUCGGCGCUCUAAGCAUCAUCUCUGGACAUGUCGGCAGUGGUAAGACUACACUUAUUCAAGGCUUGCUUGGCGAAUGCGCUUUGUUCCAAGGACAAGUCUUUAUGCCCGACGACCACGCCAAUAGGGCCACCUGCCCCGUCGAUCCUACCACAUCCCUCUCCGACACUGUCGCUUACUGUGCGCAAACACCUUGGCUUGUGGGUACGUCCAUCCGGGAGAACAUCAUUUUCGGGGCCAGAUGGGAUGCGUCUCGUUAUCGAGCGGUCGUCGAUGCGUGUGCUUUGCGGACAGACUUUGACAUGUUUGAGGACGGCGACAGGACCGAGGUCGGGGAAAAGGGGACCACUUGUUCCGGAGGACAGAAAGCAAGGAUUGCGUUGGCUCGGGCGAUUUACUCGCCUGCAAAGACGGUCAUUCUCGACGAUGUCUUGUCUGCUGUGGAUGCCCAGACUGCUCGGCAUCUCUACGAACAUGUCCUACAAGGACCUUUGACCGAAGGGAGGACAGUCAUCAUGGUGACUCAUCAAGUAGGGUUGGUCGCGAAGGCAGCGGACUUGGUCAUUGUGCUUGAAGAAGGAGCUGUCAUUGGCCAAGGAUCGGUGGAUGAUCUUGUGGCCGAGGGACUCUUGGAUAUUGACGAUGAGAAGUCUAGCGUUGCCGCUGCCGACGAGACCAGCGUGGACUUCAUCUCCACAUCCAGUCGGACAUUGGUGGCCGACGAUUGUUCAACAGUCCAAGUCGACCUUCAGGGUCAUGAUGUCACCCUUACUGUACAACCAGAACCGACCGCCUCGGUGGCUACUUCGGACGGCAAGGUUCAAGACAGAUCCGAAGAAGUCAAGGAACAAGCCCAGCAUAAACUAGUGGAAGCCGAGAGCCAAGCUCACGGCACCAUCGGUGUGUCAACGUACAUGCUCUACUUCAAGAGCAUGGGCGGUCUUGUAUUUUGGGUAUUGGUUGUCAGUGCUUUUGUGGGAUCAAAUGCCUUGCAAGUCGGGAGUAACGCUUGGGUCAAAAGAUGGGCCAACGCGGAUGACGAGGCUACGGUCUCGUCUCUCAUGACUAGCACCGCCCAACACGUCGUCUCCUCUAUCGCUUCUCAUUCCAGCAAGGGCAUCUCUCGACUUGCCCAACACUCGACGAUGUACUACCUCACUAUCUACUGGGGUAUCUCGUUGAUCUACUUGCUUGCAGUCGCCGCUCGAGUCGGGAUCACCUUUGUAGGCGCGCUCAAUGCGAGCAACAAGAUCUAUGACAGAUUGUUGAAUCGAAUCAUGGGAGCCAAGAUGAGAUUCUUCGAUUCCACUCCUUCGGGCCGUAUCAUGAACAGGCUGAGCAAGGAUAUGUCUGCUAUCGAUCAGGAAGCAGGAGAAAUAUUGAUGUACUUUGCCAACUGCUGCUUGUCGGCUUUGACAGUAUUGGUGGUGGUGUCAAUUGCAACUCCGGCUUUCAUUGGAGCUCUCGUCCUGAUUCUCUUCCUAUAUUGGAUUAUUGGUUCUUUCUACGUGACCACCAAUCGAGAAAUCAAAAGAAUCGACAGUGUUACGAGAUCUCCCAUCCUCAUCAGCUUCAGUGAGGCUCUCGUCGGCAUGUCCACCAUCCGAUCGUACGGCGACAGCGCUAGAUUCCUCAGGAAGAUCUUCCAUGAACUUGACCAGAACACUCGAUGUUUCUGGUACAUGUGGCAGAUCAAUCUUGUCUUGCACAUCUUCUCCAACCUGGUCGGUGCCCUCGUGACCAUCUUCGCGGCUAUAUUUGCUUUGAGGAACCCUACCAUGGACGCCGGAGCGGUUGGUUUGUCGAUAUCUUAUGCUCUCUCAUUCACCGAGUAUAUCUUAUGGGUAGUCAGGAUGUAUGCCAGCAGCGAGAUGUCGAUGAAUAGUGUUGAGCGAGUUGGGGAGUAUUUGGAUCUUGAAGUGGAGGAGGAAGAGGAGGAGAAGGGUGUUGAGCCGCCUGCCUAUUGGCCAUCAAGGGACGGAUCUGUCAUCAUUGAGAAUCUGACUUGCAGCUAUGCGCCACAUUUGGACCCUGUUCUCAAGGACGUAUCUUUCACCAUCGGUCCGAGGGAGAAGAUAGGUGUCUGCGGAAGGACUGGAUGUGGCAAAAGCACUCUGGCACUAUCAUUCUUCAGGUUCCUGCACCAAUCUGAGGGCCGUAUCAUCAUUGACGGCCAGGAUAUCUCGAAGUUGAGCUUGUCCGCCUUGCGAUCCAGGCUCACUAUUCUACCACAAGAGGCUCAACUUUUCUCUGGUACUAUCCGCGACAAUCUGGACCCUUUCCACCAGCACGAGGAUCACGAAAUUUGGGAUGCUUUAUCGCAGUGCGGCAUGGUGACUCGCUCCCGUGCCCCCAGUCGCUCUCAUAGUCGCCGACAAUCGCGUGUCUCCCUAAGGACUAGCGCGGGUGCCUUAGGCGACACGUAUAUCGGCGUGGAAGACACCGGCCGUGCAAUCAGGAAGCAACCUUCCGCUCGGAGUCUGUUGAAAAGGGCUAGUAGGAAGCUUGAGGUGAUGCAGGAGUGGGACGACGAAGAUGAAGAGGAGGAUAUGGUAGUCAUCAGAAGUCUGGGAGAGGGCGUUGCUGCCGGCGGAAAGAACUUCAGCCAAGGACAACGACAACUUCUUGCACUGGCUCGAGGUCUUCUCAAACUGAAAUCAUCCUGUUUUCUCAUCAUGGACGAGUCUACCGCCAACCUAGACCAGGAAACCGAUGCUACCAUCCAAGACGUGCUACGCACAGGCCUUCGUGAUACCCAGAUGCUGGUAAUCGCUCAUCGAUUGAUGACGGUCUGUGGGCUGGACAAAAUUCUGGUGCUGGAUAGUGGAAGAGAAGUGGAGUUCGGCACCCCGUGGGAACUCUUGAAGAAGGAGGGGGAGGGGGCAGUCUUCAAGGGACUGUGCAAACAGAGCGGUAACGAACGAGCAUUGUACGAGCUCGCCAAGAGCAUUCAUGAUUCGAAGCAUGGGGACCCCCAAGUCGCCCUCUAGAUCGCUUGUUGUAAGACUAUACACGAAAUCAUAUACCACGCCAUCACAUACACACAUGACCGGACGACUAUUAUAGUGCA